AUGGAUGACUACGACUUCAUCAUCAUCGGCGCAGGAAUCGGUGGUCUUGUUCUGGCAAAUCACCUAAGCCGACAUGCCCCCCUCAGGGUUCUCCUCAUUGAAGCUGGCGCCAAUCGGAUGGGAGAUCCUCGUAUCGAGACCCCUGGAUUUUUGGCCACAAUGUAUGGAAACCCGGACUUUGACUGGGAUUACAUGAGUGUCCCGCAGGUCCAUGCGAAGGACCGGCAAAUCGGCCAGCCCCGCGGUCGCGUCGUCGGCGGCUCUUCUGCAUUGAAUUUCUCCGCGGUUGUUUACCCCGCCGCGUCAGACUUUGAUGCUUGGAAAGCGCUGGGAAACGAUGGCUGGGGGGCCGAAAAUAUGGCCCGCUAUCUUCGAGGAUUCCAUUCCUAUUCCGCACCCAGCGAGGCCACAGCAGGACUACUCGGCACAAGUCGAUACAUGAAAGUUGAUAAUCAAGGAUCUCAUGGCCCUGUCCCCGUAUCUCUACCUGAUGUAUAUGGACCAUUCAACAAGGCCUGGAACGAGACAUUUGCGCAAUUAGGCUGGGAAACUGAUGCCGAUCCCCUCGAUGGACAUAAACUAGGCGCAUUUACUUGCCCACUGAGUGUUGAUCCCAAGACGGGGACAAGAGGGUAUGCAGCGGCAUACUACUCACCCGAGGUUGCGGCGCGGCCGAACCUACAACUUCUCACAGAGACAAUGGUCGAGCGAAUCCUCUUCAAACAGGAAGAUGGAGAUGUCAUCGCCACAGGUGUGCAGGUCAAGACUCAAGGUCGUCCAGAUGCCUACCAAAUUACCGCAAAGCAUGAAGUUAUUCUCUGCGCAGGCAGUCUGAACUCCCCCCAACUGCUCGAGCUUUCAGGCAUCGGUCGUGCAGACCUUCUCCAGGCCCACGGCAUCCCGGUAGUUAUUGACAACCCCGCUGUGGGUGAGAACCUCCAAGACCAUGCCAUCUCGAGCAUCAACUUUGAGAUUGCCGAUGGCCAGGUCUCGGGCGAUAUCCUACGCGAUCCAAAUGUCGUCCAAGCACUCAUGAAGCUCUACGAAGAGACGCGCGGAGGCCCGCUGGCAGGCAUGCCCCUUAGUAUGGCAUAUCUCCCGCUAAUGGAUGGAACUGGUGCGGUAUCAAAAGAAGAAAUUGAGACUCUGCUCUCCAAAUACCUCGACAACGAUAACAUCCCACCCAACCUGCAAGAGCAGUAUUCUCACAUCCGCAAGACGCUUCUCCAAAGCGAUGAGGCCUCCUCACACUACCUCUUCCUCCCUGUCCAGCUGCACAUGAACCCAGGGAAAACAACCCUCACUGACGUGCUGGCUAAAGCUCUUCCAGAAAACUACAUCUCCAUCAUGGCGCUGCACAACCACCCCUUCUCUCGCGGCUCGGUCCAUAUUUCCUCCGGAAAGAUUGAAGAUAAGCCUACCUAUGACCCGAAUCUGCUGUCGCAUCCGCUUGAUCUAGAGAUCAUGGCCCGACAGCUGCAAUUUGUAGACCGCAUUGCCAAGACUGCGCCAUUCUCCACUCUUCUCAAGGACGGGAAACGCAUACCUGAGAACGCAACUGAUUUAAGUGACCUGGAUCAUGUGAAGGAUGUCGUUAAAGAUCGCUUGUUUACGUGUUUCCAUCCCGCGGGGUCGUGCGCUAUGCUGCCGAGGGAGAAUGGGGGUGUUGUUGACUCUAACCUGAAGGUUUACGGGACGAAAAAUCUGAGGGUCGUUGACGCUAGUAUUUUCCCGCUUGAGCCUAGUGGCAAUAUUCAGGCUACUGUUUAUGCGGUUGCGGAGCGAGCGGUGGGUUUGAUGCACCACGUUUGCUCUGAGUGUAAUAGAAUGUUUGUUCUGGAAGAGGAUAUGAUUGAGCACCUUGAAAGAGUGCAUGAGGUAAGACUUUGA